AUGUCUGAAGCUCAAACGAGGUCGUCUGCCUCUCGUGGCAGGGUAUCCGCUCGCGGCGGUCGCGGUGGCUAUAGCUCCAGAGGUGGUCGAGGUGGCAGCAGAUCUGCAAAGGCAGACAACUCAGAUAGCACACCCGCUACAUUCGAAGACGAAGGAGAAAUUGGUCAGAUGAAGAAGAAAUAUGCAAACACUCUACCCAUGCUAAAGGAAUUGUUCCCUGACUGGACGGACGAGGAUCUCGUCUUUGCGUUGGAGGAUGCAGACGGCGACCUCGAGGAGGCAAUUGAUCGCAUAACUGAAGGUAACGUCUCUCAGUGGGGAGAGGUAAAGAAGAAGACCACAGACCGGAGCCGCCCCAAGCCAAAGGAGGCGCAGAGCACCCCGAUCGAGUCGACUAAUGCUCCUAUUCGAGGAGGCCGUGGACGUGGUGGAUUUGAGAGCCGUGGUGGACGUGCUCGUGGAGAUCGUGGUCGUGGCGGUCGCGGCGGUCGUGCUGGUGCCCACACCAAUGGCAGCCGCCCAGAGAAGCCAGCUGCUCCUACCACAGUAGAGACAGCUACCCCCGAGGUCACCAAGACUGAGAAGCCGGUCGAUGCUGAGCCAGCAGCUCCAGAACCAGCCGACGCGUCGAAGGAGACCCCCAAGGAUGCAUCGAAGGGCACUGGGAUCCCCGAGGGUACCAAGAAGGGUUGGGCAAGUCUGUUUGCAAAACCGGCGCCUCCUCCCCAGCAGAAACCUGCUGCUCCCGCUCCGGUACCAGCCCCAGCUCCCGCUCCCGCUGCUGCGCCCGCCCCUGCGCCCGCCCCCGCUGCCGCUCCUGUUCCCGAGAAGCCUGCUGCCGAACCAGUGCCCGAGCAGACGGAACAGCAGGAGCAGAAAGAGCAGAAGGCGCCUGAACCUGCACCCGUCCCGAUUCCGCCUCCAGUUCCGGUUCCCAUGGAGAAGGCACCUGAACCUGCUAUUCCUCAGCCCCUCGAAAAACCUGCUGUCCCUGCUGCGGCUCCUGAAGUUGCAGCUCCCAAGGAUGAUUUGACCAAGACGAAUCUUGCGCAGAUCCCCGAUGUUUCUCCCCCGGCUCCCACUGCCACCGCAGCUAGCACCAUUGGCAGCGCCCUUGAUGCUAACAAUGCUGCCGCUGCCGCAACACCCACACGACCUGCACCUGCCUACCCCACCAGCGCACUUAAACAGAGUGUUCGUGCUGCUGGUGCCCAGCGCCGUGUAAUGGAACAACAAGAAGCAGUUGUCAUGCCAGGAAACCAUGCUGUCGACAGGGCUGCCGUGCAGUUUGGCAGCAUGGGAUUGAACGGCGAUGCUGCUGACGUCGAUAUUGAUGAGAACCGUGAAGAUGCUGAAACUCGUGCCCAACCCCCUCAACACUCCCCCGUGGCUCCUCGUGCCUCCUUGCCUCCUUCUACUCAGGCCCAGGCCCAGGCAUCGACUGAGAGCCCCGCAGUCUCUCGCCCAGCCCCUGGACUCCCCCCCGUUCCUCAAGCCUCUGCUGCUGACUCUUCCUUCAACGACUUCGCCCGCUACACCGAUGCUCACAAGCCCUAUGACCCUUUCAGCCAGCAGGUGACCCAACCUCAGCCUCAAAUCCAAGAACCAUUCGCCAACCAAGCUCCUGUCCAGCCGACCGUAACUACUGGCAGCGAGUAUUCUCCCUUCUACGCCGUCGACCAGCGUCUCCCUUACAACUACUAUGGCACCUAUGGCCAGUCCCAGGAUGCUACCGUGGCCCAGAGAGCCGCCGCUGGAUUUGGCGUCUCGGGCGCGGAAGUGCAGCCCCAUAUUCCUACUACUCAACCUCCCAGCCGCUACGGCCAUGUUGACGCACCCAACAGUGGUCACAACACUCCCAACCCCACCCUUCCCGGUGCUACUCAGACCCCGACUGCACAGCACAUGCCCGGCCAGGGCGCUCAUACCUACGGAUAUGGAUACCCCUAUUUCUCCAACCCUCACUAUGCUUCGUACAUGAGUCAGAUGAGCGGGCACCAAUAUGGCCGCAAUCGCCCUAUGUAUGAUGAUGCUCGCAGAUACGACGACCACUAUAUGCCUCACACAGCCCAGUAUGGCUAUGGAAGCCAGUAUGGCCCGUAUGGUAAGGCUGGAAUGUACGGUCAGCCUCACGCUUUCUCUUACGACCACUCCUCGUCACCCGCAACUACCGGCAGCUUUGCGCAAGCCAUGCCGGGCCGUGACACCGUCUAUGGCCGUACUGGAUCUGCCCAGCCAUCGGAGAGCCAGCAGUCUGCAGCCGGCUCGAACACCUUCGGAUCGGGCAUGUCUGACGUCUUUGGUCGCUCCCAGGGUGGCUUUGGGCAGAAUCAGCCUAUCUCUCAGCAGCCCCCAGUGACCACUGAGGAAGCCAAGACCUUUGACACCCCGAAGGCCGCUGGACCCAGCCCUUCCCUGGCUCAGGCUAACCGACCUGGCUCCGCAACCAACAGCGUGCCAGGUCAGCCUCAGGCACAAACUGGCCUUCCCCCUCUGCAAGGCCAGCAAGGUCAACAGGGAUUUGGCACCUAUCCUCACCUGAACCCUCAGUAUGGGGGUCUAGGUGGACUUGGUGGACACCAGGGUGCAGCCACUCAAACCCACCACCAGGCUACUGGCUACGGUAACUACGGAGGCGCCGGCUUCGCUAAUUAUUAUGGCAACACCGGCCGCGGUGGCUGGGGAGGCAAUUACGGUCACUAA